CAUUCUACAGCUUCAUGUACGUCGAAAUAAAACGAAGAAGAUGAUUCCUCUCCAUUGCAGCAGUAGAAGAAGAAAAACGUUGGUCUCCAUUUUUUGAUCACUUGGUGGAAGCCAUCGACCAUCAGCUAAUCAAAGACCGCCUGCAAUAUCGAUACUGAGUUGGGAGUAUAGGCAAAAAAAGAUACUGACUACAGACAUGUGGAAUGGGCCAGGGCCAGGACAAGGACUACGUGGAGGACCACGCUUUCGUGGUGAUCAUCGUGGCGAAAUGUUUGGGGGCAGAGACCGUCCCAUGCCUGAUUUUAGAGGUAGAGAUGGGAUGAACAUGGGUCAUAUGGGCCCAAGACCUCUAGAUCUGCCACCUAUGAAUAUGAGGAGAAUGGAUGGGCCUCCCAUUAGGGGGUGUGAUUUGGACCCACGUGAUAUGCGAGGAGGGGGGCCAAACAGAGAUUUCUUCAGACCUGGACAAGAGCCAGACUUCAGUCUUAGAAGAAACUAUGAAAUGACCAUCAGAGACAAACUCAUGAAUUCUUCUGGUUUUCCGGGACCAGGCAGGAGCUCAGACAUGGGAGGAAGGGGUAUGCCACCACGGGAAACAAACAGUAGAUUCAUGGACACGAGGGAGAAAGAGUCAUUUCAUUAUGGCAUGCAACGGUUCAACAAUCCCAAUAUUGAUGGAAGAAGAGGGUUUCCCAUGGAGCGAAAUGAUGGAUUUAGGGACAUGCGAGAUAGGCCACCAAUGGGCAUUGGUGACACUGAUCGCUGUGAUAUGGACUUAUCACAUGAAAAGAGAAUGAUGGACAGUGAUAGAAGAGGAGGUCCACCUUUCAAUCCAAGAGGUGGAUUUGAUUCUGAUAUGGAUUUUAGAAAUCGUCCUGGACAAUCGGCUGAAUUUAGAGGUAGAGAUCGAUCUCCUUUAAGAUUUGGAAACAGCGGUGCUUCUUCAGUGGACAGGGUGAAGUCAGACAUGACUUCAGAUGUUGCUGGCCCUCAAAGAUCAGAGUUUAUGGGUGUAGAAGACCCUCUCAGAAAGAGUCAGUAUCCAGCUUCAAGUAACAGUCCUCUUAUGGAUUACCGGAGCGGUGAAGAGAUGACUCUUGCAGAAGAAUGGAAGAACCGUCAGAAAGACAAGAACCCUUUCUUGAACACGAGUAAAGGUUUGGGGGGUGUGCCUGAACCCAGCUUCCCUCUGGGUUUUGGCAGAGAUGUGAAUGUUAGAGAUCCACCAUUUCAGGAAAGGGAAAGGCUAACUUUUGAAUUCCCAGAGAAAGAUGUUGGUUUUCCUCAUGAUGACCACUAUCCUACUACCGAUGUACCACCAGCUGGCACCAAAGAGCCUCCAGACCAUCCACUCACAGAAAGAAGUCCCCAUAAUGGACCUCUUGGUAGAGAAAAUGAGGACAAACACUGGCUUGGAGAAAGGGAUCCGAAGCACAGUCAGAAUGAACCACAUCGUGACAAAAGGACACCUUACUCUGAAGAUAAGAAUCAGGCCUCUCAUGAGAUUCAGGAGCCAAAUGAUUGUUUUAAACAGAUGAAAGAUAUCCCACACAAUCAAGAACCUGCUAGGGGUGAGAUGGCAGCAGGACCCGAUUUCCAAAGUAGCAGCACCGUGCAGGCAAGGGACCAAGACUACAGGGACAUCGAUUACAGAACAGGGUCCGGGAGGGCUUUCGAUUACAAACACGGGGAGCUUCCAGUACCAGAGAAACUCAUAAAAGAGUCUAAACCAAUUGAUCCUUCAAAUUUUAGUGAGUCUGGUUGUCAGGAUCAAGAUUACAGGAGUGCAUCAGUGGACAACAAAGCUUCUAAUACAAUAUCUAUAAUUGGUAUUCCAAAGACUGCCACAGUGGAGCAGAUUCUUGGUGCCUUUACAGUCCGUGAUGGUGUGCAAAUGCAAGGGAUGAAAGUCAAAGGUGUUGUACCAGGUUACAGCUACGAUACGGCCUAUGUGGAGUUUUUAAACCUCGAGGAUGCAGUCCACUUCAUGGAGUCCAACAAGGGAUCCCUAAAGGUUGGUACUAGAACAGCCACAAUGAAAUUCAUCCAGUCAGAUGAGCAGGAAGGAGGUGUUCAUGAAUCAGAUCACAAAGUCCAAGUGCCCAAGUUGCCUAGACCAGAUGAACCUUUAGAAGAGUCGAAGACUAGCCUGAAUGGGUCCCAACCAAAAGCUCCUGUGGAUCCACUGCCCCACAACCAGUGGGAGCGUAGCUCUGACCUGACUCCAGAGGCCUGGCAACAGCAGAUGGACCAGCAGCUCCAACAGCAAGAAACGGAGCAACAGGCAGAGUCUUGGGCCAAUGGCAACCGCAACCUUCCUCCUCCUCUUCUCCACAAAUCUGACUCUGUCUUUAAAGACAGCAAAACCAUGAUAAUAAAGAACGUUAAGCCCACCACCACAGUAGAGACUAUCCUGAAGGCAUUAGAUCCCUUUGCAUAUCUGGAUGAAAGAAAUGUUCGUCUCGUCAAGGCCAAGCCACCUGGAUCAAAGUGCUUCUGCUUUGUUGAUAUGGACUCCCAUGAGCAAGUGAAACGUCUGGUUGAACUCCUCACUAAACCUCGGCCCCUUUAUAUUGACGGAGUCCGAGUUUAUGCUGAGGUUGCCAAACCCCUGAAGAACCCAAAUUACAAAAGAGAUGUUGAUAAACAAAACACCUCUAUCCUUGGGUAUCCACCUGAGGCCAGCAUGAUGGGUCAGCAGCAGCAGUACCCACAGCCUCCACUGUACUUGCUACCUCUGCAGCCACCUGCUGGUGCUCCUGCUUUAAUGCAAGGUAUUUUGAUGACUGGCACCAACCUCUCUCUGCCAUCAGACCCCAGCAUUAACCAGGGAGUUGGUUACACUGAGGCUCCAGCUGUAGAGCCUUCAUUGCUCACUGGUGGACCUCAGGUGCCCACAGAAUCAGCUGCCGCUACUGCAGACGGAUCACAGACGUGCAUAUAUGGCUCUGAGACUCCAGACAUGUCCAGCUACUUGUACGAUUCCACGUCAGGCUUCUACUAUGAUCCUGAAACCACACUAUACUACGACCCUAGCUCUAGGUAUUUCUACAAUGCUCAGACCCAGGAGUAUAUGUACUGGGAUGCCGUGUCAAAGACCUACGUCCCAGUUCCUGGAGGGAAUUCAUCAGAGUCACAACCUGUGACCAUGACCGCUGAAGACCAGGCCAUUCUUUCGAACCCAGCAGCUGAUGCUCCUCUAGAGAUGAAGAAACCAUCAGUGCCUUCAGUGACAGCAUCUCAGGCAGAAGUUCAAGCAUCUGCUGCCAGCUCUGCUCCGGAACAUGUCUUGACUUCUUCCACUGCAGCUACUGAGAAGAAAGAAGAUGACGACUCUGCUAAAAAGGAAAAAGAAAAGGAUAAAGAGGACAAACAGAGAAGUCUUGCUGCUGUCAAGAUCAUGAAAGACAUGGAACGGUGGGCAAAGAUCCAGAAUCGACAAAAGGAUAGUGUCCGUGCCCCAUCACCAUUGCUGAGGACUGGAAUAGAUGAUGAUAAGAGGCAGUCCAAGUCGGCUGAUGCUGGUUUCGCUAUUUUUGAGAGGAAGAUCUCAGGUGGAGAAGAUCUUUUCAAAAAGCCCCUUGCUCCACCUAAGAAAGAUGAAAAGUCAAAGCGUCCAAUUGGCUCUCUGGGCCUGCUGGCAUCAGACUAUGCAGCUGGAAGUGAUGAAGAGGUGGAGGAGGAUAAGGAGGAGGCAGCUAAAAGUAGUCAGGGGAGCCACUCUGAGGACAAGGAUGACAAACUGACAGACUGGAAGAAGAUGGCCUGCCUGCUAUGUAGGAGACAGUUCCCCAACAAGGAUGCUCUGAUCCGCCACCAGCAGCUUUCAGACCUACAUAAACAAAAUAUGGAGAUUCAUCUUAAGAUCAAGCGGUCAAAGAAGGAGUUGGAGGCACUGGAGAACCAAGAAAAAGAACUGAGUGCCAGAGAAACUUCCAGAUCACCAGAACAGAAAAGAAGAAAACACCAUCACCCACAGCCACAGCAGCAUAAUACUUGGGCUGGAAGCUCCAGGGAGAUAAGUAAAGUCAGUGAGAGGCCUGGCUUAGGGGCAGAACCUGUCAUGAGGAAAAAGGAGCCUGUCGUUUGGGACCAUGCCACCUAUAAGCAAGCAGUACGCAAGGCCAUGUUUGCUCGGUUCAAGGAACUCGAGUGAUCUCAUCUGAACACGUUCUUGCUUUAAUAUGCGAGAUGUUAAUGACAGGCUUGCCAAAUUUGGCAUGAGAAAUCCCUUUGACAGUUUCUCUCUACACUGUAGAGUCACGGUUCUCUGCACUGAAAUAAAGUGACAGAUGAUGUGACUCAAAAACCACAUAACAUGGCUACAGUGGAACUUCAAAAAAGUCAGAAACAAGAUCUAUUUGACAUCCUCAGUGAUGAAGUUGUACAGAAACUGUUGGUCCAUGCUGUUAAUUGCUCGUUUUGCCCAUGUUAUUUGUGGCCUGUGUUUAUAAUUGUGAAGUGUUCCCUCAUUUUUCAAUGAUACUGUCGUACUGGCUACAGUUACAUUUUGUUUUAAAGCUGAAUGUUUUUUAUUAAUUUUCAUUGGUUAAAAUUACUAUUGUAUGUGCAUAUUUUAAGUAAAAAGUGGUUAUGGACUUUGUUUCAUGUGAUUGUGUUUCACUUUUAUGGCCACUAGAUGACAGCAUGGUACCAUGUUAUAGUUUGUGUUAAUCUGUUAAGGUUCUUGAAUCAAAUCAAUAUUAAUUUGGAGUUAGAGAAACACUAAAGUGAACGAUUUACUCUCAUGGAUACCAGUAAAGGCUGCUCUUUUCAUCUUGCUUUAUGCCUUUUCUAUCAUUGACACAAUUUCAACUCGCAACAGAUGCAGUAUUAAUGUCCCCCAGUUGUGCACUGCAGGAGUUAGAACAUGAAGCCUCCCCUCUGACCUUUACUGAUAUGAAGAAACUAGCCCUCACCCUCUCUUGCUAUGGUACACUGAAUGCUGAGGAUUGUGUGGGUUUAUUGUACUGACAUACUAUCUCCUCUGAGAGCAGUAACAAGAACACUGGGGAGCAGCACUAAAUGACAAACAGAGACAGUGUAGGGGGAAGCCAACACCUUUCCACAUGUCUAAGAGCAGUUGUGCUUCCUACUGUGUGCUUGCUUUUACAGAGUAACCUAAUGAGGAAAAUGUGGCCUGAACAAGUAAUCCUGUUUCCCUGGCCUGGUUCAUCUCCAGUGAGCAGUGGGUGAAAUGGCAAAGGUGAAUGUCAUGUUUUCUAAGAGUGACUGAGGCUAUAUGGAGUCUCUGUGUCUGAGGAGACAGGACAGCACAACAACAAAGCUUCACAGCUAAGCAUAGACCUUAUUUUGUGGCUUGGCAACAAAACAGGAAAGCACAAACAAAACCACAGUGAUUAUCCCAAGUUCAGUUCUUUUUGCAGUAACCCUUGACACAGCAUGCUGUAGAUUGUGCUUAGUUGUAGGACUACAACAAGCCAGUUUUAACCUUUAUUCUGUCAGGUCAGCGGCGGUGACAGUACUACACAGUUUUGUUUAAAUUGAAAUCAAUUGUACCUGAACUGGACAAACCAUAGGAUUGAAAGUGAAACCUCCAGCUUGCUGUUUUCAGGAUCCAAAAUGGUCAUUCAUCUUUAUUCCAAGCUGCAUCACACUCUUCCCUCAGGAGGGGAAGACUGUUGUUUGUAACGAGUUUGAACCCAUUCUGUUUGUGAGUUUACAUGUCUGUGCAUCAUAGAGAUAUUCUUAUCAAAUGUGAUAGUUCUUUCUAUUUCAAGGACACUCAUCAGGAUUUCCCACAAGCCUUCCUGCAUAUUAACUGUAUCAUGUUGGAGCAGUUGUGGAAAAUAUUUGUUCAGUGGCAUGCUUUAGUCUACACAUGCUACUGAAUUUGAAAUGAGCCAAACACAAAGCAGUGAGACAAAGCCAAAUUUAUUAUGCCCUUACAAUAACCUCAAAUUCAGAAUAUAUAGCUACAGUAUAAUACAAUUUAAAGAUUGAUUCUACUGCCACAAAAAGAGCAACCAUUUAGCUUAUACCUAUUUGUCUUUGAAGCGUUUUGGUAAUUAUUGUUUUUCCAUGUGUCCUUGGAAUAAUGGACUGAUUGCAUGUCUGCUCAAAUCAAUGGUCUGAUGUUUAAAUGCUGGAAGGUCUUUUAAAUUACUUCAAUAUUUGCAGAGAUUUAUUUUCUC